CAAACCUCCAUAAACUGUCAUCCUUAAUUUAUAAAUCCUAACGCUAAUCCUAAAUUCUCAAAUUUCCUUCUCAGAUUCCCCCACCCGACCAUCCCAUUCUGAUAACUUAAGAUAGAAGGGCCAUUAAAACCAAUGUCAAUAUCCCCAUCGGCCAAGUCAUUUCCUAAACACACAGCCCACCAGAAUCAACUGAACAAAAGUUUCUAAUGUAAGAUUCCUCUCUUUCACAAGGUUUCCGAAAUUCGUUUAACAACUCUGACUAAAAAUAGACAAUUGUUGUCACACACAUUUAAUGCACUAGGAGAAUUUUGGUUAACUCUCUACUGCUUGUUUUUCCAGAUGAAAUAGAGUUUUGUGAUUUUUUAAUUUUUUUUUAUUUGAAAUUGAACAAGGUGUCAUCAUUGAGUUCAUCAAUAUCUAUAUCAAUUUCCUCCUCUCCACUAUCCCUCCCGCUUAAACAAUGUUCCCUCAAGAAAUCAAUUAUAUUUACAUGCAUUUCUCCCAACAGAAACUCUAAUUCUCUACCAGCUUUCCAGGCUUUGGCAUAAUGCCAUACAUUUCUCCCAACGCAGACUUCAAUUCUCUACCUAAAUUGAGCCUCUUUUCAUAUGUCAUUCCUAGCUUUCCAAGCUCUGACAUGAUGUCAUGUUGGAAAGAAGUUACUUCCCUCUUUUUUGCCGGAGACAUUUCAGCAGUUUUAAAAGUCUUCAUGAGGGCCUAAAUUUGAUGAUUUUAGGGUUUGUGGGAAAGGUGGUAUUUUUAGGGGGGUUCCAGACAAGAAAAAGAAAGCGAGAUCUGUCAUUUAUUCACUGAAUUUCAUCUCAUUUAGUUUUUGUAAGAUCUGACUUGUUGGGAAAAUUAUUCUGAAAGGAGAUUUAUUGGGAUUGGGUUAUGAAUUUCGAGGAGUUUUUUUAACACAGUUUUGUAAUUUGGAUACUGUAAGAGUAUUUUAAUCGUUAAUUAAAAUAUAAAGAUAAUUUUAUAAAAAAAAAAUAGAUUUUUUUUUAAAUUUUUCUUGCAUUUAUAAAGUUCCUGUAAUUUUUAAAUCAACGAAGCAUCAUGAAAAAAUGACAAAGUAAAUCCCUAUAAGAAGCCAAACCUGAAACAGCUCCAAUUUCAAAUUUAGAGCUUGGCGCUCUAACCAAUCCCUCUCUGGUGCUCUUUCAAAAAAACCUAAACUCUCAUUCCUCUGUCUCAAGAGAAAAAGAAGCGAAAAUGGGAGGCUCUCAAAGCCGUGAAGACCUGGAGCUCUCAGACUCGGACACAGAGGGCCAACAAGAAGAAGAAACGGAAGAAGAAGAAAACUACCAAGAUGUCAGCAAUGAAACCCCAGAAAAAUCAUCUUCCACAGGAAGAAACAGACCCAAAACCCCAUCUUCUCUUGAUGAAGUCGAAUCCAAGCUUAAAGCCCUAAAACUCAAAUACCCCUCAACAAUAACCCGAACCCAGCAGAGUCCUAACUCUAAUUUUAAAAAUGGUGUCAAACUUUACCUUCAUAUCGGCGGUAACACCCCAAAAGCCAAAUGGGUUACUUCAGAGAAGUUGACUUCUUAUUCUUUCAUCAAGACCUCAAAAAUUAAUGGUCAAGAUGAAGAGGAGGACUCGGAGUCAGAAUCUGAAGGAGUUUCUUGGUGGGUUUUGAAGGUUAGUACAAAAAUUAGAGCGAAAGUCGCUGUUGAGAUGCAAUUGAAAACAUUUAAGGAACAGCGCCGCGUUGAUUUUGUUGCUGACGGUGUUUGGGCUAUAAAGUUUUUUAGUGAUGAAGAUUAUAAGGUUUUUAAUAGCAAGUACCAGGAAUGUUUGUUUGAGAAUACUUUUGGGUACGAGUCCAAUGAAGCAAACAAGGUUAAGGUUUACGGGAAGGAUUUUGUUGGGUGGGCGAACCCGGAAAAGGCAGAUGAUUCUAUGUGGGAGGAUGCAGAGGAUGAUUUCUUGAAAAGCCCUGGAUCUGUGACCCCUGUGAGGGGAAAUCAAGAUCUGCAAGAGGGAUUUGAGGAGGCAGCCAAUGGAGGGAUACAGAGCUUGGCAUUGGGUGCGCUGGAUAACAGUUUCUUGGUGGGUAGUUCAGGGAUUCAGGUCGUUAAGAACUUUAGCCACGGGAUUCAUGGAAAAGGUGCUUAUGUCAAUUUUGGAAGUGGGAAUCAUAGGAGUUCUUCGAAUUUGGUGCAUUCGACUCCUAAAAAGGCACUUCUUAUGCGGGCUGAGACUAAUAUGUUGCUUAUGAGUCCGAUGAAUGAAGGGAAAUUGCAUUCUACUGGUUUGCAUCAACUUGAUAUAGAGACUGGGAAGAUUAUUACUGAGUGGAGGUUUGAAAAGGAUGGAACUGAUAUUACCAUGAGGGAUAUUGCAAAUGAUAGCAAGGGAGCACAGUUGGAUCCGUCAGGAUCUACAUUUUUGGGAUUGGAUGACAAUAGGCUUUGCAGGUGGGAUAUGCGUGACCGGCAUGGGAUUGUUCAAAAUCUUGCUACAGCUAAUACUCCUGUUCUGAAUUGGACUCAAGGACAUCAGUUUUCAAGAGGGACUAACUUCCAGUGCUUUGCGAGCACAGGUGAUGGAUCAAUUGUUGUUGGGUCUCGUGAUGGGAAGAUUCGAUUGUAUUCAGGCAAUUCGAUGCGGCAGGCAAAAACAGCUUUUCCUGGCCUGGGAUCACCUAUUACUCAUGUUGAUGUUACCUUUGAUGGGAAGUGGAUAUUGGGCACCACCGAUACAUAUUUGAUCCUUAUCUGCACUCUUUUCACAGACAAGGAUGGUAAGAUGAAGACUGGUUUUAAUGGUCGUAUGGGUAACAGGAUUGCAGCUCCGAGAUUGUUGAAGCUGACUCCUCUGGAUUCACAUCUAGCUGGAGUUAAUAACAAGUUCCAAAAGGCUCAGUUCUCUUGGGUCACAGAGAAUGGGAAGCAGGAGCGCCAUUUGGUUGCAACAGCUGGCAAGUUUAGUGCGAUAUGGAACUUCCAGCAGGUAAAGAAUGGUUCCCAUGAGUGCUAUCGUAAUCAAGAGGGCUUGAAGAGCUGUUACUGCUACAAGGUAGUCCUUAAGGAUGACUCCAUUGUUGAUAGCCGUUUCAUGCAUGACAAGUUUGCAGUCAGCGAUUCUCCUGAGGCUCCACUGGUGAUUGCAACCCCCAUGAAAGUCAGCUCCUUCAGCAUAUCCAGCAGGCGCUGAUUGCUGAAUAUUGCUCCCCAGUUGAUCACUCUCUCGGUGUCGGAAAUGCUUUUUCUAAAAUUUCUGAAUUGUAUUUUUUAAUUUUUGAUUAACUAGGCAUGUUGCGAUUUAUCUUCCAGGAAGAAUGAUAUCUAAUUACACUGUAUUUGGAGUUUUACGUCAAAUUGCUAGUAUUUUGAUGUUUCCUA